CUUACAAAAAUCUCCACACUUACACUCACUCACUCAAUUUCCCGCUCCCAGAAGCUCAAUCAUCUCCUCUCCUCCUUGUCUCUAAACUCCUUCACAGAAACGCAAAAUGUUCAGGGUUUAAUCUCCACUGUUGUUUUUUUUUCUUUGUAAACCUAAAAGAGCAGAUGCAGUUAGGGUUUUUGGGGGGUUUAUCUUUCUCCUACUCCCUCUACUUCACUUCUUUUAAGCCAAUAAAAGCACCCACAAAAAUGGCAGCUUCCACUGCUCACUCGCUUUGUCCGUACGGCCUCUACUGCCGGCCAAACCCUAGACACCGUUACAUUUCUUGCUCCGUCGGCUCUCCUACUCCUUUAGGUACACGAAGAACUAAAGUACCACGUAAAAAGUCAGGACGAUUGGAUGGGGCUAGAAAGAGUAUGGAAGACUCUGUCCAACGCAAGAUGGAACAGUUUUAUGAAGGGACUGCAGGGCCACCACUUCGUGUCCUUCCAAUAGGUGGCUUGGGUGAAAUCGGGAUGAAUUGCAUGCUCGUUGGGAAUUAUGAUCGCUAUAUUCUAAUAGAUGCCGGUGUGAUGUUCCCAGACUAUGAUGAGCUUGGAGUCCAAAAGAUUAUACCUGAUACGACAUUUAUUAAGAAAUGGAGCCACAAAAUUGAAGCAGUCGUGAUAACACAUGGCCAUGAAGACCACAUUGGUGCGUUGCCUUGGGUUAUCCCAGCUUUGGAUUCCCAUACUCCAAUAUAUGCAUCAUCCUUUACAAUGGAGCUGAUCAAAAAGCGUUUGAAGGAGAAUGGGAUUUUUGUUCCAUCUAGGCUUAAGAUAUUUAAAACCAGGAAGAGAUUUAUGGCUGGGCCAUUUGAAAUAGAGCCUCUCAGAGUGACCCAUUCUAUUCCUGACUGUUGUGGAUUAGUUCUUCGCUGUGCUGAUGGUACAAUUCUUCACACUGGGGACUGGAAGAUUGAUGAAUCACCCUUGGAUGGGAAAAUUUUUGAUCGACAGUUUCUAGAGGAUCUCUCUAAAGAAGGAGUAACACUGAUGAUGAGUGACUCUACUAAUGUAUUGUCACCUGGAAGGACAAUCAGCGAAAGUUCAGUAGCAGAUGCAUUGUUGAGACAUAUUUCAGCUGCUAAAGGAAGGAUUAUUACUACCCAAUUUGCGUCAAACAUACACCGGCUUGGAAGUGUAAAAGCUGCUGCAGAUUUAACUGGCAGAAAGUUGGUAUUUGUUGGCAUGUCAUUGAGGACAUAUCUAGAUGCAGCUUGGAAGGAUGGAAAAGCACCAAUUGAUCCAUCAACUCUGGUGAAAGUGGAAGAUAUUGAUGCCUAUGCUCCAAAGGAUUUGAUAAUUGUCACAACUGGAUCCCAAGCAGAGCCACGUGCUGCCUUGAAUCUUGCAUCUUAUGGAAGUAGUCAUUCCUUCAAACUGAACAAGGAAGAUGUGAUUCUCUACUCAGCUAAGGUAAUCCCUGGUAAUGAAUCUCGGGUAAUGAAGAUGCUAAACCGCAUAUCAGAGAUUGGAUCAACUAUAGUGAUGGGUAAGAAUGAGGGGCUACACACUUCUGGUCAUGGCUAUCGUGGAGAACUGGAGGAAGUACUUAAAAUUGUGAAGCCGCAACAUUUUUUACCCAUACAUGGAGAGCUAUUGUUCCUGAAAGAGCAUGAGCUACUUGGGAAAUCAACUGGCAUUCGACACACCACCGUUAUAAAGAAUGGAGAGAUGCUUGGUGUUUCUCAUUUGAGGAAUAGAAGAGUUCUAUCUAAUGGUUUUAGUUCCCUUGGGAAGGAGAAUUUGCAGCUGAUGUACAGUGAUGGUGAUAAAGCAUAUGGCACAUCAAGUGAACUUUGCAUUGAUGAGAGACUAAGAAUUGCAUCUGAUGGCAUUAUAGUGGUCAGCAUGGAAAUUUUACGCCCCCAAAAGAUAGAUGGCAUAAUGGAAAAUAGCUUAAAAGGGAAGAUAAGAAUUACUACACGCUGCUUAUGGCUCGACAAAGGGAAGCUUUUAGAUGCACUCCAUAAAGCGGCACAUGCUGCACUCUCUAGCUGUCCUGUGAAUUGUCCUUUAGGUCACAUGGAAAGAACUGUGUCAGAGGUAUUGAGGAAGAUGGUAAGGAAGUACAGUGGUAAGAGGCCUGAAGUCAUUGCCAUUGCUUUGGAGAACCCAGCAGGAGUUCUCUCUGAUGAGCUAAAUGAAAGGCUAUCUGGCAAUUCCAAUGUCGGUUUUGAGAUACCAACGUUGAGAAAAGUGGUAGAUGGACAUCCAAAAAGGAGCCAGCCAAACAAGAUAAAAGCAGAAGAUGACAGUAAUUUGCAUUUAGAGAACACCUCAGAACAAAGUUUGGAAGUUAGUGAUGGUGAAGUUGAAAAGCUCUUACCUGAGGGAGACACCACUACUUCAAGUCCUGAUUCUCUGGAAAGGCAUACACCCAAUUCUGAGGGUUCUGAUGAAUUCUGGAAAUCAUUCAUCACGUCAUCAUCACCUGUUAACAAUUUGGUAAAUGAUAACAAUGGAUUGGUCCCAAAAAAGGAAUAUAAGUCACAACUUAAGAGUGAUGGCACUGCAAGCAGUGGAGAUGACUCAGAAAUGCCCAGCUCUCAACCUAAGUCGUCCAAGCCUGCCAAACGGAACAAAUGGAAACCUGAGGAGGUUAAGAAGCUGAUUAAAAUGCGUGGGAAAUUGCAUAGCAGAUUUCAAGUUGUGAAGGGGAGAAUGGCCCUCUGGGAAGAAAUAUCCACAAGCUUGAUGGCUGAAGGAAUUAGUCGAAGCCCUGGGCAAUGUAAAUCUCUUUGGACAUCUCUGGUUCAGAAAUACGAGGAAAGUAAGGGUGAGAAAAAAAGCCAUAAAGGAUGGCCAUAUUUUGAGGACAUGAGUAAAGUUUUCUCUGAUUUUGAGGCAACCGCGACAAAAUGAUGAAAGUUUGGGUGAGCUAAACAUGAAAUGUUCAUACAUAGCCUGGGAAUGACAAGAUUCAUGGCGGGAUAAAUAUUGUACAAUGGAUUCAUCAUGUGGAAUUCAAUGGUGAAGUGGGAGGAAUGGAAAAUGAGAAAUGGGGCUAGUUCUGAAGCCGUAACAUGUUCCUCUGUUCAUGUAAAUGGUAACAUGGGCCAUUAAUGGCAAAAUAAUUUUGUAGCAAUAGACCCUUUCUGUAAAUUGCAAGUUAAACAGGGAAUUUACAGCAAGGGGUUUGUUUUCGUUUCUCCUUUUCUAUGUGUCUUAUUCCCCAUUAUGCAUUUGGAAAUUGUUUUUGUAGCAUAUGGUGACUCUAGUUGAGUUGAUGAGUAAAAUUACAAAAGGCUAUUUUUUUGCUCAG